AUGCACAGCCUGGCGACCGCCGCGCCUGUGCCUACAGCAUUGGCCCAGGUGGAUAGAGAGAAGAUCUAUCAGUGGAUCAAUGAGCUGUCCAGUCCGGAGACGAGGGAAAAUGCUCUCCUGGAGCUCAGUAAAAAGCGCGAAUCUGUUCCUGACCUUGCCCCCAUGUUGUGGCACUCUUUUGGUACUAUUGCAGCUCUCUUUCAGGAAAUUGUAAAUAUUUACCCAUCUAUCAAUCCACCUACCUUGACUGCACAUCAAUCUAACAGAGUUUGCAAUGCUUUGGCACUACUGCAAUGUGUGGCAUCACACCCAGAAACGAGGUCAGCAUUUCUUGCAGCCCAUAUCCCCCUCUUCUUGUAUCCCUUUUUGCACACGGUCAGCAAGACUCGUCCCUUUGAAUAUCUUCGUCUCACCAGCCUUGGAGUUAUUGGGGCCCUGGUCAAAACAGAUGAACAAGAAGUAAUCAACUUCUUAUUGACGACAGAAAUUAUCCCUUUAUGUUUGCGCAUUAUGGAAUCUGGAAGUGAACUUUCCAAAACGGUCGCCACAUUCAUCCUUCAGAAGAUUCUCCUGGAUGACACUGGAUUGGCCUAUAUAUGUCAGACAUAUGAACGCUUCUCCCAUGUCGCCAUGAUCUUGGGUAAGAUGGUCCUGCAGCUGUCCAAGGAACCUUCUGCCCGUCUGCUGAAGCAUGUGGUCAGAUGUUACCUUCGCCUUUCAGAUAACCCCAGGGCUCGUGAAGCACUCAGGCAGUGCUUGCCUGACCAGCUGAAAGAUACCACCUGCCAGGUGCUCAAAGAUGACACCACCACAAAGCGCUGGCUCGCACAGCUGGUGAAAAACCCAGAAGGCCAGGUCACCGACCCCCGAGGCAUCCCCCUGCCCCCUCAGUGA